UUUACGCCACGUAAUGUGUUUUGCGCGUUGCUAGACUCGUAUAAUGCGUAGAGAUUGUUGAUCGAGAAAACGAGAUUGUAGAAACGAUCUUUGUGAGUUUCGUUCGUUGUUUUAGCUUACACGUGAAAGCACGCUGUACGGCCGUGCUUGCGGUAAUUCAGCAGCGCAAUCGCGGGUGACUUGUCAGUCACGAGCGGCCAUUUUGUAAGCGAUUCUGAUUCUUUUUGAUUCCACGCUAUGUCAGAGGCCGAGGCGUUGUCGCAGAAAAAGCAGCAGCCGUUUCAUCCGCAGCAACAGCAACUAGGAGCAGGCCCGAUGGCGAAUAUGGCAUGGCAAUACCCGUCUCCGAACAAUAUGCACAUGUUUCCUCCGUACGGCGGACACAUGUAUGGUCCUGGUUAUCAAGGUGUACCACACCAAGGACAGGUGUUUAAUUAUUAUCAAACGAUGAUGCCAGGAUACGGUCAGCCUUUUAAUCCACAGCAGAUGCAGCAGCAUCAACAUCAACAUCAGCAGCAGCAGCAGCACCAACAUCAGCAGCAGCAGCAGCAACAACAGCAGCAGCAGCAGCAGCAGCAGCAGCAACAACAACAACAGCAGCAGCAGCAGCAGCAACAGCAGCAGAAUAACAACCAAUCAAAGCAACAGUUACACCAGCAACCUCCUAUACCUGGGACCCCGAUGGCUCUAGAUGAUGAAUCUGAUCUUCCUCCAUUGCCACCUGGUCCACCACCAGCACUUCAGUCGACUCAGCAGCAGAAUAAUCAUAUACAGCAGCCGAUGCCUUUCCAAGGAAUGAUGUAUAAUUCAUACUCUGCUUAUGGCAAUUGGAACAUGCACAAUGAUCCCUCUUCUCAGUACAAUGGGCAGAUACGUUUCAAUUUACCGAAUAAGAAAACCGGCCUCGGGUACACGCCGUCCGGCAAUAGCGGCGCCGCGAAGAAAAAGCGUAAGCGGAACAAAAAUUUAGCAGCUCAAUUCAACAAUAGCUUUCAGGGGAACAACGUGACAAACGGAUCUUUUAUACCAAUGCCUACUACGAAGCCGGCGGAACUACCGCCGCUGCCGCCCGUGAAAUGCGAGGUGGCGGCAGCUCCACCGCCGCCUAGCGAGGAGCCGCCAGAUAUCACACCACCUGAUACUUCCACUCCAGCGGUACCCGUGAAAGUGACUCCCAACAUCGGUACACUGCCUGCCGCCACCCCUUCUAUAACAGCUACUACUCCUAGCCCGGUGGGUGACUGGCCCGAUAGUCUAAAAAACUACGUGAAUCGAUGUUACGAGAAAUGUAAGACGUCGUUCGACAAGGAUCAGGUUGAGAUCAUAUUGAAGGGCAAGAUUACACGUGCUGCGAAUGACGGCUCGCUCUGGGUAAAGGACUGGGACCAAGAGCAAUUGCCGCUUCUCCACAGCGAGCGGAUGACUCUGCAAAUCGCGAAGCCGCCGCUAAAGAUGCUGCCAAUUCCUGUGGGGAACCCAUUAGUGAACGCACAGGGAGGCCUGCGCAAGCCCGGCCUUUCCACCUCACUCGGGGCUCGGCUUGGCGCGCGUCUCUCUGUGACGCACAGCAGGCGAUCGAGGUCGCGGUCGAGGUCUAGAUCGAGGUCGAGGUCAAGAUCCAAAUCGAGGUCGCGAUCCCGCUCACGUUCUCGCUCACGUUCGCGCUCGCGUUCGCGUUCGCGCUCCAGAUCGACCCGUUCGCGUACACGUAGCCCGCCUGUUCGUCGAUACCGACGGAGCACUUCCUCGUCGUCGAAUCUUAGCGAUCGGGAACACGACUACAAGGUGUUGAAAAUGAAAAAGUCCGCGCGCAACAAGGCCAAUCACGGCGGCAAGAAGACGAAGAAGACUAAGCAGGCUAAGUCACAUUUCUAUAGCGAGUUUGGUUUAACUACAGGCAACGCCGACGAGCUAGGCUCCAAGGAGAAGCUGCAGCAGCGCGCCGCCAGAUUUAACAACGGCAUCUCCCGGACGAUCGGCAGCAGCGUUAUUAGAGACGAUUCGGCGGAUUUCGACUUCACUGGACUCCACAUCGUCGGCACGUGCAAGGAUCUUGAAAAGCCUUAUCUGCGCCUUACUUCGGCUCCCGCUCCUUCUGCAGUUCGACCGGUAAGUGUACUUCAAAAUUCUUUGGCCCAUGUCAAGAAACGUUGGCUAGCCGAGCAGGACUACAGAUACGCUUGCGAUCAACUGAAAUCCAUCCGGCAAGAUCUUACCGUCCAAGGUAUUAGGGACGCAUUUACUGUGCACGUGUAUGAAACCCAUGCCCGUGUAGCUUUAGAACGCGGUGAUCACGAAGAGUUCAACCAGUGUCAAACGCAGCUGAAAAUGCUAUAUCAGGAUCUCGGCGGCGAGAACCGAUGCGAAUUCAUCGCGUAUCGGAUACUUUACUACAUCUUCACCAAGAAUACUCAAGAUUUAACGACUAUUUUAGCAGCGCUCACACCAGAAGACAAGGUCGACAAAUACAUACAGCAUGCAUUAAAAAUACGCUCGGCGUGGUGGCUGGGCAAUUUCCAUGCUUUCUUCAAAUUGUACAGGCAGACGACGCAAAUGUCCACCUUCCUGAUGGACUGGUUUAUUGCAAGAGAGCGGAAGAUGGCAUUGAAAUUUAUGAUAAAGUCCUACAGGCAAAAUUUGGCGGUUCAUUUCGUCGUAGCGGAAUUGGCCUUUGAGUCUUCGGACAAGUUUUAUGAAUUUGUCAGUGAGUUCGGCUUGGUUUACGCCGAUCUCGCUCGACAGCUAAUCGACUGCAAGGCGAGCAGUGCUAAUCUAGGUGGUUGGUAGAUGGCUGCGCCGCUCUACUCUACCUUUCCCCCCGUGUGACGGAAGAUUAACGUAACGCGAAUGAGAAGGUCGCACGCUCCAACCAUACGCGUGUGUGCACGCACACGUGAAAAAAAAAAAAA